GCGCAGAGGAAAUCCCGCCCGCGCCGGCCUGCGUGCGCUGCUCUCCGUCGGUGGCUCGGUGUCGGCGAGGGCGAGCUUGGGAAGGGGCUCCUUGGCGCUUCACCGGGCGGCGGCGCGGGGCCAGCUGAGCCUGCGAGGGAGUCAUGUCGGACCAGGAAGCUAAACCUUCAGCAGAGGACUUGGGGGACAAGAAGGAGGGAGAAUACAUCAAGCUCAAGGUCAUCGGGCAGGACAGCAGCGAAAUCCACUUCAAGGUGAAAAUGACAACGCAUCUAAAAAAACUUAAAGAAUCAUACUGUCAGAGACAGGGAGUUCCAAUGAAUUCACUCAGGUUCCUCUUUGAGGGUCAGAGAAUUACUGAUAAUCAUACUCCAAAGGAGCUUGGGAUGGAAGAGGAAGAUGUGAUUGAAGUUUAUCAGGAACAGACAGGAGGCCAUUCAACAAUUUAGAUUGUUUGCUUUUUCCUCCCUCCCCCUUUUAUCCUUUUUUAUUUUUAAAUAAUAGUUCUUUUGUAAUGUGGUAUAAAACACUGAAUUGAAACUGGCACCCCACUCCCAUAUCUGGAGCGUUAUUUCCAAAUGUCUGUUCUGAAUUCUUGUGCUCAUUAUACACUACCGUUUGUUUUCAUUGUGCCGAACUCUUGUGAUCUCGCUGCGGUUGUACUUCCCUUUUCUUCCUGUUUCCUCUUUAGAAAUACACCCACUCACCCACCUACACAUGCAUUUGUGUGCUGACAAGGCUCAUGUAUUCAAGCACGUUAACAGAUCUGCCAGGUGGGCAAAGGUUCCUAAUAUUAUGAUGUGUGACUUUUACUUGUGACUUUUAAGAAACAAAGGAGAUGAAGCUUUUUUGAAAUCUAAACAAUGGAAUUGUGUCCUCAAAUUAAGAACUGUUUUCUGUAGCUUUUGCUGAUGGAUUAGGACAGAAAAUAUUCAGAACCUGAUGGGGAAAAGUCGUCGUUUUUGGUAAUAUAUUUGAAAUGUCUUCACUGAAGAUAACAUGGAAAAUUCUUCUGAUUUUAGGUGAGCCUAGGAGUGUUCUAAUUUUUAGUGCUUAAUACACACCUUCAUGUACCAAGAGUUGGUAACGAUUUUUACAUGGUUGUACCUUUUGGCCCAAGAUAAUGCGUUUUGAAUGGAGAUAGACUGUACUGAUUUUCCUUUAAAUAAAUGAGAGGAAACAAAUUUAUAAACUUUUGCAUUUUCUUUUGAUAUUUCUGAAGCUGAGAGACUGUUGAGCAAAAGCAGUGAAGAAUGUUAAAAAAUUGGUUUCACAUAUUAUUUGAGAAUAUUAUAAUUUUAAAAUAGGCUUUUAACGUUUGAUAAAUCUUGUGAACUAGUGGCCUCUUUGCUGCUUGCUAUCAACUUUUAAGUAGCAGAAUUUCAAGCAAUUAACAUGUGUUGUACAUGCAAUGUAUGCCUCCUGAAUCCUGAGCAUUAAUGUUAAAAUUGAAAAAUAAAGUUUGUAAACAUAGAUACAAGAACAUCUAGGAGAUUUGUUAACCUCUUACCUUGAACAGGUAGGGUGCAAUCCUACACCAACUUUGAGAGAAAACAGAGCUGCAACCCUGCAGUGUGCCACAGCUAGCCCAGGAGUCUGCCUUUUGUCUAUCUAAACUUGCAUAGGAUUGUACCUUGUAAGCACAUUUUCUUUAGGGGUAAAAACUGUCACGACACACCAGGGUCUCAACUUCAGUGAAGGUUAGAGUAGGCCCAGUGACGAGGCUCAGGUUAGUUAUCACAAACUUCCCCCAUUGAUGUAAAUGCAACUUAAUCAUAAAUAAAUUUCUAUCGGGGCCUGAGUGUCUAGCUUUGGAAAUGCGAGGUAGUUCAUCAGAAACUAUAUUCUGUGGAAACAAAAAUAAGUUGUGUGCAUGAACUGUACUAGGUGCUAAUGGAAGCUUAGUGUGACCAGGGCCAGAGACACAUGCAAAAGCACAGACCUAAGAUUGAGUUCCUCAUCCUUUGAAGUCCAUUCUUCACCAUUUUGACUUCAGUAGGAUCAGGACUGGAGAGGUUGCACCAAAUCCUGUUUCUGUGUAUGCUGAAGAAAGCCUAAUGGAUUACCAUGGAGCUCAUGUCUAUGUACGUGUUCUUAGGUUGUAGGUACUUCUGAAAAUAUUUACCAAUCUGAUGCUGUCCCAAAGUUAAUAGCAAGUGGUUAGAGCAACUUUCUGAAAUAAAAACUAUUCAUUGGUUUUUGUGGAGUUUCUUGUGAAGUAGUAUUCUGAAAUGAGGGCUGUUCCCAUUUUAAAGGAAACCUUGUUUCCUAAUUGGUUGUCUAACCCAACAUUCUCAACCUCCAUACCUAUUUUUUAGUAAAUUGCAGAACUGUGUCAUAGAAAACCUGUCAUGCUAGAAGGAGUCUUUAGCUCAGGUUUACAGUAUGAUGACAGGAUUAGAGACACAUUGCUCUACCUCUGCUUUUUUUUUCUUGCAAGGGGAGUGGGAAAAUAACAGAAAUUGAGACUGCAAUGUUCUUAAGCAUGUUUUAACAAACCAUUUAAUUGUGAGUUUAACUUUUUCUUGAAGCUGGCACUUAUUGUAAAGUGUUAAAUGGACCUUUUCCAAUGCUUGUAGUUUCCAUGUCCCACUUCUGAUGCCUUUUUGUACACAUGCUAAACUUUUUUUAAAAAUUAAAAUUUGUUUUCAAAAAUCA